AUAUGAUCUCAAGAGUGGUGAACAAUAAUUAACUUUUUAUAAUAAUUGAAUUAUUCAUAUACAUGUACUUCAUUAUAAAGAAGUUAGGUACCUAGCUGAUCCUGAUAAUAAAGACACUGAUAUUUAAGCAGGCGAAUAGGAAUGUUUGUUAUAUUGCAUACAAAAAGGAGAAUAAAGAUUAACAUGUUUAACAAUAUAAUAGCGAAUUUAUUUUUAGAAGGAAUUCUAUUAUGAUUUGUUUUUGAUGUCAUUUAAUAAUUAUUGGAAGUCGUCAUAGUUACACUGUUGGUGCAUAAAACAAACAUUUUAUGAUGCGAUACGGUAUUUACGGAGCAACAUUUUCCCAUAGCAUAUUUAUACCUAUAUCAUGAGAAGAUUAGACGUGUAUCUACAAAACCUGUGUUGAAAUAAGAUAAAAUAUUAAACUUACUUGGGCAGAAUGAUACGAAGCACGUGCGUUUAAAGUGAGAUAAUUCAAUAAAAAAGUGAUUUGAUUUGACAGUUUCCGUAAUGUAAAGUGUCAUUUUGAGACGUAGUAGGUUAUGUUAACACUAUUUAAUAAAAAUGUAAUUAAUAACAUAAAUUAUAGGGUCUUAUAAUUCAAAAUUAACCAUGACAACAUCCCCCGUCAGAACCAAGCAAAAGUUGUCAUUGCGGAAAAGGCUGUUCGUUAAGAAAUCACCAAAAGUAGGCUGUUACGUUGAUACAGAUUCAAACGACGAAUUUAAUCAGCCUUCAUCACGACCAAUUUCUCCAGCAGAUCCUUUUUUAGCUCACAGUGCUUAUAGUGCAGAUUCAAGUGCUGAACAUACGGAUUCCCAGCGGAAUCCAGUCGUGGAACCAGUUGGCAAUAGUUCAAGUCAGAAGUCAUGUCAUACUCAAAAUGAAGACGAAAACAAUCCUAAAUGCUGUCGUACCUUUUUUCGAAGAUCUCGCCCUAGAAGUCUUAUUGAAGGUCAACCCUCUAAAGAAGAAUCACAUUCAAAACCAUGCAGUCCAGUGAAUAAUUCUAGUAACAGUUUAAGUGAUCAGACAAUGUCUUGUACACAAUCGAAAUCUGAGGAAAUACCUAAAGUAACAGUAAAAUUUCCGAAAGGUGAUGAUCCAAAAAAAUAUUUUGAGCAUUCUGGUUCAUUUGAAGGCAUCAAACCAAAAAAUAAGUUGUUUGUUAAAAGACUUUCAGCUGAUCAUUUAAUAUCUAAUGAAACAAAACCUUUUUAUCGUUCAUCAUCUCCUGAAAGUGAUAGAAGCAGUUCUCUAGACCGUAAAAGAAGAACUAAAUCUACAAUCACAAGAUCAACUUCUCGAGCUGGAAGUACUGAUAGCUUGGCACGAAACUCUUUGUUGGCUGCACAAGUAUUACGCCUCAUACCAACACAGGAAGCACGAGAGAGAAAUUAUCUCUAUGGUAGACUGGCUUCCCAUUCUUUGUUAGGAGCAGCAGAAUUGGAACAUGUUUUUCCAGACCGAGAAGUUAGAAUAUUUGUGGGAACAUGGAAUAUGAAUGGACAAGCUCCUCCAAGGGAGUUAGCAGAUUUUAUAUUUCCGAACCAAGUGAAACAUGUACCCGAUAUAUUUGCUAUUGGCACACAAGAAUCAUAUUCUGAAAGGACAGAGUGGGAAAUCACAAUACAGGAAGUAUUGGGACCUUCUCAUUUAUUGCUGCAUUCAUAUUACCUUGGUACAAUCCACCUAACAAUUUUUAUACGCCGAGACCUUAUUUGGUUCUGCUCAUUACCUGAAGAUGCCAGUCUUUCUGUGCGACCUGGCACCGCUUUCCGCACAAAAGGCGCUGUCGCCAUUUCAUUUGCACUAUUCGGCUCUUCAUUUUUAUUUGUCACGGCACAUUUGACUGCGCAUCAAGAGAAAGUGAAAGAACGAGUAUCCGAUAUCAAAAGGAUAAUAAGAUCCAUUGACCUUCCGAAGAAUUUACCUUGUAGACACAGAAGUAAAGACGUUACGAGCAACUUUGACUACGUAUUCUGGUGUGGGGACCUAAAUUUCAGAUUGGGUGAACCAAGGGCAGCUGUGUUGCGCUGGAUCGAGCAAACUGAAUUCCCACUCCCGCCAUAUUUACCGCAUGGUCUCCUUCACGCGGACCAAUUAACGGCAGUGCUAGAAGAUGGCGCUGCAUUUAGAGACUUUCGAGAAGCUCCAAUUACCUUCCCACCAACUUAUAAGUAUGAUCCAGGAAGUCAGCAAUUUGAUACUUCGAGCAAACAGAGAGCGCCGGCUUAUACAGACAGAAUACUGUAUAAAGCUAGAUCGAUGACGGGGAACUCAACUUCCGCUUUUUCGGGGUUCCAUUGGCAGCAGGUCUGUUCAACCGAGAGGUGUAUCUCGAAGGGAUCAAACGGCGCCGCGCCCUCCUCGACCACGCGCCCGGUACUUCUGCUGUAUGCACUCUCCAAUAAUUCAACAGGUAUUCUACUGAACCCAAUCCUACAAUUCGGUCAGUAACCUUCGAUCUUUAAUACUACUAGACAACACUACACUAUAAACCAAAACUGACCUCAGAUAUGGCCAUCAAUAUUGAAAAGAAAAACGAUCUAAAACUAUGGUUUUUUAUAACUGAACUUUACUAGCAUACAGUAAAGUGCAGUUUUGUUUGUAUCAAAAGAAACUAAUUUUGAAUUACGAAUGCAUGCUAUUAUGGAGAUGAUAUUCGCUCAGCUGCUCUUGACACUUAUUGAACAUCUAGUGGUAUUGAUGGUCAAAGGCAGACACUGAUAUUCAAAUAAACUUUAAAAUUCAUAUAAAUAUACACAAUAUAAUAGCAUUUAGUUUAAUAAAAUUAAGAUUGUCAAUAGACCAUUUUCUAAGCAGUUUGUUAGGCAAAGCAUUGAGUACUUGAUAACAUUUGUACAAGAUUUUUUUAACAUUUUAUAUAUGGAACUGAUACUAAUUUUAUUUAAUGUUAAUCUGUGGAGUUUAAAACGUUGCGCAAAUGCAGACUUACAUUUGCACUAAAAUUGGAAUGGUCCUAAUUUGAAAAACACCAAAACAUAUACUUCAAUGUAUUAUUUUGCUUUAAACAACUGGCAUGUUGCAUAUGAAGUAUACGAGAAUGAAGUUUGUGUGAAAAUCAUACUGGAUUGUUAGUAUUUAAUAAAAAUUAUACCAAAGUUAAAUGUAUUUAUUGAUAUUUUAAUACUUUGUUUACACUUAUGAAUGUUUUGUUUAUUUUUUUUUUUUUAAUUUAUUUUACGAUACCGAGUCAGUAUAUGUAAGUUUAUAGCAAGUGCAAUGAAUAGUGAUCAUAUACUUAAUAAUAGUGAUAUAUGAUACUGUCACAAUUAUAAUAUAUCACAAAAUGUUAAUAUUAAAAAUACUACAAUUUAAUUACAUACGAUUAUUUAUUAUUUUAGAAUCUAAUUUUAUUUACACAAAAGACAAAUCUAGUCAAUAAACAAUGGAAGUCCUAAUAUUAAAAGUCAGAAGAAAUGUUGUGACAUACAUUUGGUAUUAUGUAGUAAUUAAAGUAUUAUAUAGGUUGUUUGAUGUGGUUAGUAUUAUUUUUAUAGAAAUUUAAUUUCAUUAUUGCUUACUAAUUUUACUGCAAAAACAAAUUACUUUAAGUUUUUUAAUAUUGCAAUGCAAUAUUACAGUAACUAAAAGUUACAAGGCCCUUUUUUCAUUAUGUUAUGUUCUGUAUAAUUAAACAUUUAUUUUUUCAUAUUUAUGAUAUUUUUACAAUACUGAGUGUUUUGUAGUUAUGUAUUAAACAUUGUUUCUCAAUCUUUAAGGGCAAGCUACCGUAUAUUUUAUUUAUAAAAAUAUGUUUAAAUAAGGAUAUAUAUGAAGCAUAUCAAACAGAAUUAUUCAUCACGAUAAUAAUAAGCGCAAAGAUAUAUACUUUUCUUUUGUCUAUGAACAUGGUAUAAAGUUUGAGAAACGAUGUCGUAGUAAUAGUAAUGGAUGUGAUGGCUAAAGCCGUUGUAGCAAAAGCGAGCUUUAUAUUCUAUAUAUAAUUAUAUACUAAUAAAUUAUGGUUUAUAAAACAUUACUUAAUUGAAUAUUUCCUGCCUUAAUACUGUGUUAAAUCAACCGUCUUGAAAUGUUUAAAACAUUUCCAAUUGAUUCAAGUGCUGUGAUUGACAUUGUUUGUUCAUUCCAUAUGAAUAGGGUUGUCUAAUGCAAUAAUACUAAAAUUUAUUUCUACGUAGAAAUAAAGCAGCAUCGAAACUGACGAUUCAUAUAUAUAUUGUUUGUUUUUUUACUGUCCUAAAAUUAUGUUAGAUUUAUUAUUUUACGAAGUAUUAAUGUUUAUUUUUUUUAUAUUAAAGAC